GGUGUUGUUAGUAUUCAUCCGCCGGCCACCAGACGAUGAGACAACCUCGUCUGCUGUCACGAUUUAUGUUGGAAUAACUGAAGACUUAACGUUUAUUUUAUCUAGAAGAGCGCAUUAAGUGUUGGCGACACCGACGAUGUAUUUUUCUCUGGAGAUAAUGGAGGAAUUUGAUCGAACUAUGCGCCUCAUUUUGGGUUUUGUCGACCAGAACUUAACCUCGAUGGAAGUCGGAAGCGACGGGAGGCGGAGCUUCGUUACGGACCAGACCCACUCCCUCCGCUCCAAUCAUCCAGAUGAGGACACCUUUAAUACCGACAGCCAGCCACCUAACGCGGGUCCGCAACGAUCACAAGAUCAGACAUGAUGUGCCAAAGGAAGUUCUACCAUCUGCUGGUUCUAGUCGUGGUUUUUGUUCUGGUUUCAGGCGUCAGCAGCUCCCAGAACCUGGAGGGCAAGGCAAACUACAUCUGCUUCAGCUGCCCUUUGUCAGAGGCUGAAUCCAUCGAUAUGGUGUACAACAAGCAUAGCACUGCAGGAGACUUCUGGCUCCGAAAUGGUUCAGCGUUGACUUCCUGCGACUUCUCGUCUGUUUACGCCUCAAAACGUAAAUGUUCUGUUUGCCUCAAAAACCCUGUUGGAGCAGAAACCGUCGUCAUGGUUUUAUGCAACCUGACGAGCUGGGAGGAGCCGAUAUUCGAGGGUCAACAUGGCGACAUCAGCUUCAACAAGACCGACUGCCCUCAACCCAAACCCAGCACCCUCUUUGAACCUAGCCCUCAAAGAGAUGCCACUCAAACAAACGGAAGAAGUGCAGGUCCUUUCAUUUCAACAGCCUGUUUAUUCGCUGUCCUCGUCCUCGGCCUCAUCAUCAUGAUCAUCAUCAUCGUGUGGAAAUGUCAUAAAUCCCAGCAGAAUCCAGUUGAUGGAUCCAACACCAACUCAUCUGAUCCAGAAAAUGGAGCUGGUGUUUAAACGACCACAUCCUGAGCCUGAAGGUCUUUAGUUGACAUCAUCAUCAUCAUCAUCAUCAUCAUCAUCUUUCUACUUUUCUAAUGUUUUUUUAUCAUACACUGAAGACUUUGCUCACUGUUUGCGUGUUUUACCCAGUGAUAUGUAAAUUAAGCUGAGCCAUCAGAAGGUGGGUUAACCAGUCUCCUCCCUUCGCCAUCCUCACCGUGCCAAAGCAAAUGUUGCUUUUUUAAAAUCUUGAAUAGUUUUUUAUACUCCAGUAACAGGGAUGAUGAAGACUCUUUGGUGAAAUGACUGACAGCAUUGUGGUCUGUACGUGAACUCAGAGUCUGAGGUCAAGGGUCAAACUGUGAACAUGAUUUAUUUUUAGGGUUUUUACUAAAAAUACAUAAUGCAAUAUGAUUUAGAUAAAAUAUAUAAUAUAUAUACAGUACACAAACGUCCAAAGUCUUUUUUAAUGCUCAUUAAGACAAGCACUUUCUAAAGUUUCUUUUUUUUUCUCUUGCUCUUUUCACUGUAGCUAUUUUAUUUUAGGGCUGCACCGAUUGCACUUUUCUG